AUGGACGAACUUCAAAAACUUGAAAAAUUAAACCUAAUAAGUAUUAUAGCACGAGAACUUGUUAACCAUGUAGGCAUAGAUGAUAAUGACCUAGUAGAAUUUAUUAUUCAUUUACAUUCUAUUUCUUCUUCAUUAGAUGAUUUUAAAACUAAGUUAGAAGAAGCAGGAGCUGAUUUCACAUCAUCAUUUAUAGAAAAUAUUGAUCGUCUCAUUUUAUUAAUGCAACCAAAAUCAAUAAAAAAGAAAGAAGGAAAUACCGUAAGUGCAGAAAAUCAUAAUUCUACUAAUGAUAAUGACAUGAAAUCUCAAAUUUUCAAAGGAUUGUCAAUUCCAGAUAAAGAAAUUGACUGGUAUCAAAUACCUGAGUUAUCCAAUGACGAAAAUAACAAAGAAAAAUACAUUAGUACAAAUAAAAAACGUUGUAUAUUAUCUGAAGAUAAAGAUCCUGCUAUAAAAUCUUCUAAUAAAAAUAAAGACUUUAUGUAUGAGGACAAUUAUCAAAACAAAAAAUAUAAAAAAAUAAGUAAAGAUAUGCCAACUAAUAAUAAUCAUCAAAAACUAAGUGACAAACCAGAACUAUAUAAAAUUUAUAACGGAAAAGUGUCAGGAAUUAAGGAUUUUGGAAUUUUUGUAACUUUGGACGGUCUUUAUAAAAAAGUAGAUGGAUUAGUACAUAUAUCGGCCAUGAAAAAAGAGCACAUAAAUCACCCAUCAGAUAUUGUUUCAAAGUUCCAAAACGUUAUGGUAAAAGUAAUAAAAAUUGAUCAGAAUGGACGUAUAAGUUUAUCAAUGAAAGAUGUAGACCAGUCUACAGGAAAAGACUUAAACCCAAGUUUAUCCGAAAAAUCAGUUAAUCCUAGGGAUUUUCUAAAAAUGUCUAGCGAUUUUCCAAAAAACUAUCAAAAUAUACCAGUAAUAGAAGAAGGUGACUUAAAUUAUCCAAUGAAACCUAGGAAACGCUUAAAUUCGUAUGAACGUUGGGAAAUAAAGCAGCUUAUGGCAUCAGGAGCUGUUUCAGCAUCAGACUAUCCAGAAUUAGAUGACGAUUAUAAUUUACAUAUCAAUGGAAAUGAUGAUUCAGAAGAUAAUGAAGAUAUUGAUAUUGAAGUAAGAGAUGAAGAACCACCAUUUUUAAUAGGACAAACAAAGAGAAGUCUCCAAUUGAGUCCAAUAAAAAUAAUAAAAGCCCCUAAUGGGUCUAUGAAUAGAGCAGCAAUGCAAGGGGGGCAAUUAGCAAAAGAUAGAAAAGAAUUACGCCAACAAGAGCGUGAAGCAGUAAAUAGAGAAGAAGAAUUUCAAGAUUUAAGUGCUCAAUGGUUAGAUCCAAUGGCUCAUGGAGAAAAAACUUUUGCUCAAGACUUAAAAAAUACAAUAUUAAAUAAAAAAACAAAUGACAUUCCUGACUGGAAAAAGGCUACUUUUUCUAAAAACAUUUCAUUUGGAAAAAUAACAAAUUUAAGUAUCACUGAACAACGACAGGCAUUACCUGUAUUUAAACUUCGAGCAUCAUUCGUUGAAGCAGUACAUAAGAAUCAACUAAUUAUAGUUGUGGGAGAUACAGGUUCAGGAAAAACUACUCAAAUUACUCAAUACCUUGCAGAAGAAGGGUUUGCAAACAGUGGGAAAAUUGGAUGUACUCAGCCUCGUAGAGUAGCAGCGAUGUCAGUUGCUAAACGCGUUGCAGAAGAAGUAGGGUGUCGUCUAGGUCAAGAAGUUGGAUAUACUAUUCGUUUUGAAGACUGUACUAGUCCUGAAACGAAAAUCAAAUAUAUGACAGAUGGGAUGCUUCAACGCGAAUGUUUAGUAGAUCCAGACUUAAAAAGCUAUUCUGUAAUUAUAUUGGAUGAAGCACAUGAACGUACAAUUGCAACAGAUGUUCUUUUUGGUUUACUUAAAAAAUCUUUAAAAAGAAGGCCAGACUUAAAAUUAAUAGUUACAUCAGCAACACUAGAUGCAGAGAAAUUUUCUUCAUACUUUUAUAAUUGUCCAAUUUUUACUAUUCCAGGGAGAACAUAUCCUGUAGAAAUAUUAUACACAAAAGAGCCAGAAAAAGACUAUUUAGAUGCAGCUUUAAUAACAGUGAUGCAAAUUCAUCUAUCAGAACCCCCAGGUGACAUUUUAUUAUUUCUUACAGGCCAAGAAGAAAUAGAUACUAGCUGUGAAAUUCUUUUUAAGCGUAUAAAAGCUUUAGGUUCGUCUGUUCCAGAACUCAUUAUUUUACCGGUUUAUUCUGCAUUACCAAGUGAAAUACAAAGUAGAAUAUUUGAACCAGCACCUUCAGGAAGUCGUAAAGUUGUUAUAGCAACAAAUAUUGCAGAAACGUCUAUUACAAUUGAUGGCAUAUACUAUGUAGUUGACCCUGGAUUUGUUAAAUUAAAUAGCUAUGAUUCUAAACUUGGAAUGGAUAAUCUUAUUAUAACUCCUAUAUCUCAAGCACAAGCACGACAACGAGCAGGUCGAGCAGGCCGUACAGGCCCUGGGAAAUGCUAUAGACUUUAUACAGAAUCCGCUUAUCAUAAUGAAAUGCUUCCUAAUUCUAUUCCCGAAAUACAAAGACAAAACUUAGCACAUACAAUUAUUAUGCUUAAAGCUAUGGGAAUUAAUGAUCUUCUUCAUUUCGAUUUUAUGGAUCCCCCUCCAAUUCAAAGCAUGUUGUCAGCUUUAGAACAAUUAUAUGCUUUAGGUGCUUUAGAUAAUGAGGGGCUUUUGACAAGAUUAGGUAGAAAAAUGGCAGACUUUCCUAUGAAACCAUCUCUUGCUAAAGUAUUGAUUACAUCUGUUGAAAUGAAUUGCUCAGAAGAAAUGCUUAGUAUAGUUGCUAUGCUUUCAGUUCAGACAGUAUUUUAUAGACCAAAAGAUAAACAACAGCAAGCAGAUCAAAAAAAAGCCAAAUUUCAUCAACCAGAAGGCGAUCAUUUAACUCUUUUAGCUGUUUACAAUGCAUGGAAAUCUAAUUCAUUUUCAAAUGCAUGGUGUUAUGAAAAUUUUAUACAAGCUAGAAGCAUGAAAAAAGCACAAGAUGUCAGACAGCAGCUUCUAAGUAUUUUCCAAAGAUAUAAUUACAAUGUUGUAUCAUGUGGAAAAAAUUAUGACAGAGUCCGUCGGGCAUUAAUAUCAGGAUUUUUUAGUCAUGCAAGUAAAAAGGAUCCUCAUGAAGGAUAUAAAACUAUAGUAGAAGGAACACCUGUAUAUAUUCAUCCAUCAUCUGCAAUUUUUGGUAAACCAGCGGAAUGGGUUAUUUAUCAUGAACUUAUCGCUACAACUAAAGAGUAUAUGCAUUGUGUAACAUCUAUAGAACCUAAAUGGCUAGUUGAAGAAGCACCUUCAUUUUUUAAAAUAGCUGAUCAAAAUAAAAUAUCAAAAUCAAAACAACGAGAGAAAAUCGAGCCAUUAUAUAAUAGAUUUGCUACAGAUCAAGAUGAAUGGAGAAUUUCUAAACAAAAACGCAUUGCUCAUACCAGUUCAACAUUUGGCUGA